AUGCAAGCAAAGAUCGAGCAGAAGCGCAGCAACCUGCGGCAGCGGCUGCUAGGCAUCGCGUCGGAUCUGCCGAUGCACAAGCUCCAGCUUGUCGUCACCACGACCGCGGCAUCACUCCCGGCGCUUGCCGUCGUCGCCCUCGUCCUCCUCCUCCUCGCCACGGCGCGCCGCCCGUGCUCCUUCCUCGACGCGUACCGCUCCGGCGUCUCCCUGCCCUCUCCGUCCGGACCCUCGCGCCCCCGCGCAGCCGCCGUCCGGGCGCCCAGCGGGUGCGACAUCUUCCGGCCGGGCGAGUGGGUCCCCGACGACGACGCGCCGUACUACACCAACCUCACCUGCCCGCUCAUCCAGGAGCACCAGAACUGCAUGAAGUACGGCCGCCCCGACCGCGGCUUCCUCCGCUGGCGGUGGCGGCCCGACGGCUGCGACCUGCCGCGCUUCGACGCCGCCGCCUUCUUCGACGCCGUCCGGAACUCGUCGCUGGCGUUCGUCGGCGACUCCCUCGCCAGGAACCACAUGCAGUCCCUCAUGUGCCUGCUGUCCAAGGUGGCGUACCCGAAAGACAUCUCGACGACGACGAAUCCAGAGUUCCGGACGAUGCGCUACGAGCCGUACAACUUCACCAUGGCCAUCUUCUGGUCGCCGUUCCUGGUGCGGGGGCACCAGCCGGACCCGCGCCGGCACAUGUGGGACAUCUACCUGGACGAGCCGGACGCGGCGUGGCGCGACGCCGUCUCGGGCUUCGACCGCGUUGUGCUUUCGGCGGCGACCUGGUUCACCCGGCCGGCCGUGUUCUACGCGGGCGGGCGCGUCGUCGGGUGCCACUACUGCCUCGUCCCGGGCGUGCCCGACCUGACGCUGCGCUACUCCCUGCGCAUGGCGUUCCGCUCCGCGCUCCGCGUCCUGACGGCGGGGGGCCCCGGCCGGUUCAAAGGGACGGUGAUCCUGCGGACGCUGUCGCCGACGUCGCACUUCGAGGGAGGGGAAUGGGACCGGGGCGGGGACUGCCGCCGGACGCGGCCGUUCGCGGCCAACGAGACGCGGAUGGCGGGGUUGGACCUGGACCUCCACAAGGUGCAGGUGGAGGAGUUCGCCAGGGCCAAGGCGGAGGCGGAGGCGAGCGGCGGGGGGACGAGGCUGGUGCUGAUGGACACCACGGCGGCGAUGGUGCUCCGGCCCGACGGCCACCCGAGCCGGUACGGGCACUGGCCGCACGAGAACGUGACGCUGUACCAUGACUGCGUGCACUGGUGCCUCCCCGGCCCCAUCGACGCCUGGAACGACAUGCUGCUCCAGAUGCUCCUCCGGGAUCCGUCUUGA